GCUUUUUAACAUGAAAACAUCAUGAGAGUCUGAUUUGCUCAGCUUAGCAUUGAUCAUUCACUAUGCAUACACCUUUUCUGAGGUUAAUCACUUUUCCGAGGCAACUCUUUUGCGCAAAGGAAUGGGAAAUGAAACAUGUCCCAACCGGGCUAGCAUGUCGAGUUAUGCCGAUAUAUAUCGAUCCAUCAAAAAGAGGUAGACCGGAUAUACGCUGAGUAAAACCUCUCUACCAAGACCUUCCUCCCUUGAACUUCCCUCCCCAACCGCCAAACCCAAUGGGUCAUUUUCUUAACCAUGAAUUACAGGCGGAUAUCAGAGCCAAACUCUCUAAGCUAACUGCUCUCCCUCAAUACAGGGAUUUUAGUUAGAAUCUGUUGACACGCUAUGCACCCCAAGCAAGGGUAUGACAGUCAGUCAGCAAUGGCGGCACAGGGAGCUCCGAUUGUUGUCAUAUCGUUAGAGGGGACUGUGGUAUUUAGUGUCACUCGAGAUCAACAUGAUAUUUUUAAUGCCUAACAAUUUGAAAAAGACGCAGGCAGAAGAUAAACAUGAGAGAGGUCACUAAAACAUCACAGCACAGCAAAAGAGAAACCAACUAAGAGAUAUCUAGAUGCUGAGGCGAGAGAGCAAACCACUAACAACACCACCCGUCGACGGAGAAUGGAGUUUCUUUCGCGCGCUUUAUCGCCACCGCAUUCCCAAGUUCUGUUUCUAGCAGGCAUCUCCGUCGCAGAGUAGGGUUUCGAUGUGCGUUACCUAUGUGUUCGUUGACACGAAGUCGCUCCAAUCAAGUCUUUUUGACGUGGAGCAAGGAAGAUGGCAUUGGAGGUUAUCGGGUUCGAUAUAUUAUCUGGAGUCCAAUUCUGGACUGACUACGGAGUGCGUUAAGGUCUAAUAAUAUCGACGUUUGCCCAUGUCCCCUCCCCUCCACACUACUGCGUAUCAGACUAUCAGUUCAUUCUUACGACCCUCCCUCUGUUUCGCUGGUGUUCGCUAUCAGUGAACCUGGGCUCCUUGGCGGUACAUCCUGAAAGCCCGCCAAUCAGCCGCUAAGGAGCACAUAUUCCACUGGUUUCUUUUUGCCCCAAGUGCCUGUGGAGUUACAUGGAUGUGUCUAACAUGGGCGAGAAAGCUUGGCCUUUUUCUGCUUCAUUACUCCAUACAAUAAUAACAAUACGACGCCCUAGUAGCGUCUUAUUACGCAGUAAGUGUCGCCGCUAAGGGGAAGGGGACCAGGAAGGCCGUGCAUAAUGCAGAAAACCCAAGCCAGGUAUAGUUCACUAGCCUAUGUUGCUCCGUAUUCAUAAUAUAUUUCUGUGGAGAGACUAUACCAGAAGUUGUACUGUACAAGGCGAUAGAUAAUAUGGUAACAAUCGUCAAAGGAUGAUUUCAUAUCAUCCGACCUCAAAAAAUCGAAGAAUAUAUAGAUAGAUAUACUUUUACAUAUUGUAUGUAUGUCCAGAAGUCUCGCCCUCCAUUUGUUGCAGCUAGAGGCGAACUUUCCCCGGCCCAGUCAUCUACAAAACUCUAAUAUAAAAAUAUUUUUGUCCAAACACUCUUUUUUGACAUUAUUUUGCGCUACUUCGAAUUCAUCCUUCCUGUUCAUCCUCUUCUUCCUCUUCACUUAUCAUCAAACUACUGGGCAUCUCCUUAGAGCCCUUACUUACACUAAUCUAAUAUUUAAUUAAUCUUAAUAUCUACCCAUCUCCUGUCCUGCCUCCCUCUUGCCCUAGCUCUAAGCCUAUUCUUACGUACUCGCUGCGGAUAUCAAUCAACCCUUACUCGUUCUCACAAUAUAUCGUUACUAUUGCCUGCAAAACACUCAUUCUCUCCCUCUUCCUAUCAACUGCGCCUAUCGUACGCAAGCAACACAUCCGCCGGGGUAGCCGUUUUCUCGCUCCCCCUCUCCCCCCGCCUUCGCGCAAGCCAAAACAGACAGGAUACGGUCAAGUAAUACCGCUGCUGAGGAUAUUCCGCCCCAGUUCCGCUGGAGGGGCAAUCUGUGACUAACAGUAACGUCUGCGACUGGCCGCUGGACCCCAAUCAAUGCGAGUGUCGUAGCAGCAAAAUAAAUUACGCCCACAGAAAUCCCUGCUGUGUCCCGUGACCCCGCUCCCCAAAUUUCCCAUACCGUAAUAUCGUCCGUGACGGUACGUACUGUAUUAUUCGUCGAGUGCGGCCCGCCCCACAUUGCGGCCAAUAGGAUACUGCUGCUGGUAUGUAUGGCGGUAUUGCUGGGUAAUUUCCAACCCCAAACCCAGGCCUUAGCUCCACAGCUCUCUUCUUGUCCUCCUCCUCCUCGUUGUUGUUGCCAUCGCCUGACCUCGUCUCCUCGUCUCCUCAAUUCCCAUCUUUCUCCUCAAUUCUCCCUCUCUUUCUCCCUCUCUUCCUACCUCUCCUCCAGACACUUCUCGCUAAUAUCCCAAUUCCCAAGGCCAUACACCUCAUUCUGCAUCUAAUGACCGUCAUCCUUCGCCACUACAUCCAUCUAUCUGCUACAACUCUCCAAACUACAUACAACCCCCGUUAGAGAAAUGAGCUCCCAGGCUCUCCCCACCGCCAAUUGCCAGCACCAACCCCAUCACCAGCCGGAUUACUUUCAAAAACCUGUCAACUAUACUAGAGAUAUCUCUCCCUCCUCUGGCUCCGAGAGUUCUCGCCGCCCUUCUUUUGGCUCCAUCAAGGAGGACUCUACAGAAAUUGCCCAGUCAUUCGUUGAUACAGAGGACAGUUCCUCCAAUAAACAGACCACCAAAGCUGGGGGCAAAGCUGCUGCCAAGGCUGUAGUGCAGUCCUCCGAUUCCCCUGAAUUCUGUUGCCCCUGCGGUGCCUUUUUAGGAUGGAAGCACAUCCGCUUAGGUGGACGGCGACUGAGCAGGAGCUACAGUGACCUUCGCUUGUUAGGCAAUGCCCAAUCGAGGGGCUUUGCUUGGGAGGUUAAUGAUUCGGGUCCUAUCACCCCUGUUCAAGAGGAACCUAAGAAGACUGUCAGAAAGGGGCAUGCGCCAAUUGAAUUACUUCCCGCUGAGAUCCUAGAUCAAAUCAUCUCCCAUCUGGCUAUCGAUAUCCCCCCUAAUGGCUACACUCCACGGAAUAUUGACCUUGUCUCGUGCCUCUUGACCUCUCGGACACUCCACUCAGCGACACUUAGUGUCCUUUAUCGACACAUCACCAUACCCCACUCGAUCAUCUUCUCCAAGGCUCUGAACCACAUCAAGCAGUAUCCCGCUUUAGGCACCAUUGUCCGGCGCUUGGACUUUUCCCACUUCACGUCUGUUGGGCUGGGUCGCACACAGCAAAUGAAUGUCGAGAUUCAGAACCUUACGUCCAAGACCCUGUUGGAGUGCUUAGAGUUGCUGACAAACCUAAAGGAGUGUCUGCUUCAAGAGCAUCUCGAGGAUGAUGUGAAUGUCGACGUACUCCGAAAAUUACUCUCACGAACCCCGUCCCUGCGCGCUGUUGAUUUCUGCGGGUGUUCAUCUGCAAUUUUCUCCAAUGGCUUCCUCAGUGCCGUUACUGAGGAUUUUGAUUUCCCCGCAACCCUCCCAGCGCUCCGCCGGGUGUCUCUCCACGAGUGUAGCGGUCUCAUUCCGCGCGUGUUCGAGGUUUUCCUACCGCGCCUAGUCAACGUGACCCAUCUCGAUGUGUGCCACACCCAGAUUACGAAUUCUGCAUUGAUGUCCAUUCCACACACUGCCCGCAUCACACACCUGAAUAUUUCGCGAUGCACGAAGCUCACGGGACCGGAGGUGGUGAAAUUCUUGACCACACACCCAGCUGUGAGGGACUCACUCAUCUACUUGAAUGUCAUGACUGAUAGCUCUAGACACCAACUCCUGGACGAGACGGACGUCGACACCCUCCUGCCCUGCCUAACCUCGACCCUCCGCUCGGUGAACCUGGGCGGGGCGAAGAUCUGCUCAUCGAACAUGCCUUGUCUUCUCCGCCUCUCCAAGCACGUCGAAGAACUCGGUCUCGAUUCUGCCAACCUUACCAUCAGCGACAUCAACCUGUUCUUCGCACUACCGCCGUCCGAUAAUAACGUUUCUGACAAUGAUGCCAACACCAACACCAACGGCGUCAACCCAAGCACACGCCGGGCCUGGAUCCCAUCCCAGCUCCGCUACAUCGAUCUCACCAGGAACCCCCACGUCACCCAAGCUGCCCUCCUAAACCCCAAAGCCUGCCUCCUCGUCACCCCACACAGCGCGCCGCUUGAUGUAAUCGAACUUAGCGAAAAAAUCAUCAGCCCGCUCCGCCAGCGCAGCCGGGCGAAUAAAUAUGGGAAUGGAUGGCUAGUGCGAGACUUGGGGCGGCGGGGAUGGUAUGUGCGGGAACCGGCGUUGGGAACGCGACAGGGUAAGCCGACCGUGAAGCCGGAUGAUGGGCGUCGGUCGUGGAAGAUGGGGGCACGCUGGUGGGGAAUGAGGAAGAUCCCGGUUGCGGUGGGGGAUGUUGGGGGGCUGUAUGGGCAUUAUAUGUUUAAGAAGUGAGCGGGGAUUAAGUAUUGAGUAUCCUACCUCCCUUUUACCUGCUGGCAAUGGCAGAUUUUGUACCGUUCUUGUGAUUGUUUCAUUACACUAAUAUAUCCCCCCUUUGUGACAUUUUUGAUAUCUUGGGGUGUUUCUGGAAUAAUUUUUUUUCUCAUUUUCCUUUUCCUUAUCCCGGCUUUGGUGUUGUUUUUCCCUUGUUAAGCGUGCCAAAUUUCCUCUCUGCCUUCGUUGCCUCUGUUGCUUCUCUUUUCCUCCUUUUCGACCAUGAUGUGUUCUUAGUAGUCAUACAUCCCUUGAGAUAUUUUCCGUCGUGAGCGUUUUUGUCAACUUUUUUUUGUCGCAAGCGAGUUUAAAAUUCAGCAUAUUCUUCUUAUCCACGCCUCUUAUGUCUUUAAUGUUUAUUUGACUGCUAAUUUUUUCUUUCUGCUUCCCUCGCCCUCGGUCUCAUUUAUUCGCCCUUAUAAAAUUUUACCCUUCUCCAUAUAUUUCCCGCUCGUGCCUUGGAAAAAGUCACAUUUGAGUCUGGAAAAGAUAGCGCUCUUUCUGCUUCUUAUUUCUAUUCAUGGUACUUGCUGGUGUUGGCAUUGACAUUCACUCAAAAUAUCCAUCGUUCCAUAUUCGCAAAGCAAGUAAGCAGAUGUCGCUACUUUCUUUUGAAGGACUCACAGAGAGGGGAGAAAAGAGCGAAGUGAUAAAAAUAAAAAAAAUAAAAAAGGCACACAGGCACAUAGGUAUUGAAUAGAGGGGGAAGUUUGUGUUUUGUUGACUGUUGAUCACUCUUUUGCUACUAGUUUUUGAGUUUUUUUUUUUUCUUUCUUUUCUGAAAUGAUAUUCUUAUCUUUUGCAUUAUUUGUCAUUUUAACUUAUUCUUACUUUUCAAUCAUGAGAAUCUUUCACUUUUGAGUCUGUACAUGAAUUACAUCUAACAUAGUGUGCUAUUAUCUGUUGUACUUGAAACAUGCCACUCUCAUUCUUUUUUAUUAAACUUAUGCUUGAACAAUUGUAUGUAUUAUUUCCCCCUUCUUUUCACAACAUCCUCUUACAAUUCUUUCCCCAAUCAAUUGUAGCUGCUCGUUUGCUCGCUCCCA